AUGAGUCCUAUACUGGACGGUGCAAAUGGCCGCGAGUACGGCGACAUGAGGGACUAUAUAGGCCCAACGCUGUUCCAGCCUCACCAGGCCCGCCAUGCUAUUCGCGAUGCCCAUGAAAAAAAGAUAACCCCUAUGAUCGGCUACUAUUCCGGUCUUGCCUCCGUACCUAUUACCCGUUGGUUGGCGCCUAUGGGUUUUGACUUUGUCUGGAUCGACUGGGAACAUUGCGCAAUGAACGUCGAGACCAUGACAACGAUGGUCCAUGAGACGACUUUUCUAAGCAGUGGUCGCACUAUCCCUUUCGUUCGGGUGCCAGGACAUGACGAAUCAUCCAUUGCGUAUGCUCUCGACGCGGGGGCGUCCAUUGUAGUCCCUCAUGUCGACACUGUUGAGCAAGCCAAGCAAGUUCUCAGCGCAACAAAGUUCGGCAAGAGACACAAAGGCAUUCGAUCCGCGCCUCCCUUCCGAUAUGUACCUAAUUUGACCGAUACUGCUCUGGAACCCGAGCGUGGUCUCUGGGAAAGCUUGAACAAUCAGGCAGCACUUAUGAUCCAGAUUGAGACGCUGGAGGGUGUUAAGAACCUUGAUAGCAUCUUGACAGAGGUACCUGACAUUGACAUUGUCUGGUUUGGCACCCUGGAUGCUCGAGUCAGCAUGGGUCUACCAGCUGGCUUGAGUAUCCAAGGCGAUGAGCCUGAGUGGCUGGAUGCUGUCGAGCUGUUCCAUUCAACAGUCACAAAGCACAAUAAACCCUACGCGGGCUUCACCUUCGCAACUGGUGAUGGUCUGCGCAAGGCUACCUCGAAUAUGGCAAUGUGCGUAAUCACGUCCGACACGACCAAGCUGACGGAAAUGAUGGGGGAGCUGACUGCUGCGAGGGAAGCGGUCGCCGCGUAG